CGAAUUUUUCCUCGUCAUAGUAUGUUACAUUUUUAUUGAGAUUUUUACAAAUGAUAAUUCAUCGACAAUUGUUUCUUAUUAAUUUUUUUUUUUUUGGGUUGAAAGACCAUUAAUUUGUCUAUAAAAUGUAUCAUUUUUCUUAUGGGUUGAGGAAUAUGACACAUGGCUUAAAAAAAAAAGAAGUAAAAAAAUUGAGUUUUGGGAUGAAUUACAAGAGAAGCUUUCAGGGCCAAGAAAAAAAAAAAAAAAAUUAUAAGAGAAGCCUCCCCGUAAUCCCUUUUCCCCCCGUGUUGUUCGGUUCUUCAGUUUGAUCAUCUGGGCAGUCUUUCAUAGGCUGCUUCCCACUUCCCCAAUUCGCAACAAACCCAAUCUUUAACAUUUUCAUCCCAAGCCGGCCCAAAGGUUAAUAGAAAUACUUGUUUCUUAAUUGUGAAAUUUGAUUCCUGUGUGAAUAAAGCCAGGAAUGGCAGAAGUUGGAGAAAGCUCUGGUGCAAAGCCCUCUGGUGAAAUCUGGGCCAAGCUUGUUCCUUCCGACUCGAGAUUUCCGGAUGUUGAGAUCAGAGAUCUUGUUCUGACUCAAGAUACCCCUCAGAGUCAAGAUAUUGGUUCAGAUGAGAGUUUAGUUUGCUCUCCUAUUGACAAAUGCGAGUGGUGCAGAAUUACGAGGAACCCCGAUCAGUCUUCUGCCACUAUACAAAAUAAGAGUUCAAAUGCAAUACUUGUUGAUGGAGCUGCGAUCCAAUCUGAAGAGAGUACUGUUAUCAGAUCUGGAAGUGAAAUUAUUACAGGUCUUGAGAGAGAAGGGUGUUUAAGCUACAGAUUCAAUGUGUUGCUUGGUCCUGAAACUUGUCAGAAGAUGCUGAAGAUUAGUGUGGAUGCUGAGCAUGCAAAGUGCUGCAUUUGUUUAAAUAUAUGGCAUGAUGCUGUUACCAUUGCUCCUUGCUUCCAUAACUUCUGCAAUGGGUGCUUCUCAGAGUGGUUAAGGAGAUCACAGGAGAAGCGUUCAAGUGUACUCUGUCCCCAAUGUCGAGCAGUUGUGCAAUUUGUUGGAAGAAACCACUUCCUGCAUAACAUUGCCGAUGAAAUACUGAAUGCGGAUUCUUCACUGAGACGCUCCAACGAAGACACUGCAGUUUUAGAUUCCUAUGCAACAGUACGAUCAAAUCUGGUAAUAAAGUCGGGAAAAGGGCUGCUUGGGAAAAGGGUUCGUUCAGCAGUGCAAGAUGAAGCUGAUAGUGUAGAGCUUCCCUGCCCUCAAUGCAGUAAUCAAUUUGGUGGGUUUCUCUGCAACCGAAGCACUACCCAUCUGCAAUGUCAAGCAUGUGGAGGAAUGAUGCCUUCACGAACCAAUACAAGUGUACCUCAACACUGUAUAGGGUGUGAUAGGUCAUUUUGCGGUGCAUAUUGGCAUGCUCAAGGUGUUGCACAAAGUGCUUCUCACCACAUAUGCAGUCGCGAUACUUUCAAACCAAUCUCAGAACGCACCAUCUCUAGAAUUCCUACUUCAGCACAUGAAAACAAUCGCCAUGAACAAGAAAUCACUAUGAGGUGUAUUGCACAAAUGGGAAGAACAUUGCAGGAUGUUAUUGCAGAAUGGAUGGUAAUGUUCAAUAACAGAACAAUUGAUCGAACUAACAGGAUGCCACUGAAGCAUGCCGAGCUGAUAACUUCUGGGACAUAUACAUGCAGCGAUUGUUAUGAGAAACUGAUCUCAUUCCUCUUGUACUGGUUUCGGGUUUCAGUUUCUGCAUCCCAUCUUCCCCCUGAUGCAUCAAAAAGGGAAAAUUGCUGGUAUGGAUAUUCAUGUCGAACACAGCACCAUAAUGAAGACCAUGCUCGUAAAAGGAAUCAUGUAUGCCGGCCGACUAGGGGUGCUAAUGUGUAGAUUUUUAUUUUUAGCUGUUGCUAUUUUCACCUAUUUUGACAUGGUGGGUUUUUGCUAUUCUGGUUCUAGGAGAUUUUCUGAUAUCGUUGUAGAUGCCGGCCAGACUAUGUUUGGACUGUUUUAUUCUAAGUUGAAGUAUUUAGGUUGUAUUUGGAAAUCAGUGAUUUUAUAAAUGUAAGCCUACACCAUGCGUACCAUGUCUUGCUCUGUAUCGUACUGAUCUUGAAAAGACAGGUAUUGCAAGGAAGAGGAAAGAGUGAAAGAAACUAAUCUUCUUU